AUAUUAACAGUUUGCUCUGAGAGUCGCAAGUGUACGUAACGCCUCUUUAAAUAGAACGGAAUAUUUAUUUUAAAACUUAUGUAGGAAAAAAUAGUAUAAAAAAAAUCCUUUAAAUAAAACUAAAAUUUAAGAAAAUAAGAACGUUACAGACUUGUCGACGACAAAGACGAGUAAAGAAAUAAAAAAAAUAAAAAAUACAUAAUUACACGACUAAUGCGUAAGAGCUGGUCUUCCGAAAUUUUGCAAUUGAAAAUUUCAUUUUAAAAAGGAUUUUAUAAUUAGAGAAAAAUAGUAAUAAAAAAAUUAAACCAACAAAAAAAGCAUGGCUUACGAAACGGUGUCAUAAGAAUUACAAAUAAUUGCUGUUUUUGAAAAAAAAUAUAUAUGUAUGAAAUAAAGCUGAAAAUUAAAAUAAUAAAAUGAAAAAAGUGCAAAUUUAAAGGGAAAAGUAAAAAAAAGAAAAUGAAGGAAAAAGUGUAAAAUUUUAAUUAAGUAUGAAAAAAGAAAAUAAGUAAAAAAGUGUAAAUGUUUUUAAGGAAAUCAAAUUAAAUUUCUUUUAAAAUUUUAAUUUGACAAUAUUCUAUGAUUUCUAAUAAUAACAACUACAUACAGCAAUAAUAACAGCAGCAACAACAACAAUUAUACCUACGCAACGUAACUUAUUACGCUCGUAAUAUAUACGUAUAUAUUUUCGUCUGUAUCUAUUUUCCAAAAAAAAAGAAAAAAAGUUUCUCACAAAAAAACGAAAUAAAAGGCAACAACCCACUGCAUUCACUAGCAGGGAAAUUACCACCCACAGUAAUAAGCAACGGAAUUACGUGUGAAAAAUUAUUGUAGAUUUGUUAAGAACGAAGAAAAACCAAAAAAAAAUCAAAUCAAAUAAAAAAACAAAAACUACUACUGUGUGACAGUGGUGAAUACAAGUUAAGCUUCCCCAAAGGAUACAGGCAACACUCACUGGCUACAAUAACAAAAAUAAAACAACUAUUACAACAAUCUACUGCUGCUACUCAUCAUCAUUCUUCACUCACUGCUACUCAUCACUCUUUAAAUAACCAAACGGACAAAAUGAUCAACUGCAGAAGAACUAGAAGAUCACGGUUCUGGAAUAUGGGCAUAUUAUUCCUGAUAUACUAUUGUGUCACAGUUUACUCCGCCAAAAGUGAUGACAAAACAGAAAAACCUUUCGAUGUGGGUAAUAUGGAAAAUGAAAAUGGUGAAGAGUUUGACAAAUCAAUAGAAACAUCGACAGAACUAAAUGUAGAAACAGAGCUAAACGUUGAAACCACCCAGGCUACACUUCCUACGGCCCAUGAAGCAGUUCCUACUUGGCGUCCAAAACGUGAUAAUUGUACACCCCCAGCCAUAGAGCAAUUUCCACAGCCAUUAAUGAGCAAAUGGCUGAGACAACAUGGUGGCCUCAUCAUACACGUCCUGGUGGCCAUAUUCACCUUCUUCGGUUUGGCCAUAGUGUGUGAUGAGUAUUUCGUGGCCAGUUUAGAUAGAUUGUGUGAAGAACUGAAAUUGUCUCCUGAUGUGGCUGGUGCUACAUUCAUGGCUGCCGGCAGUUCAGCUCCUGAAUUGGCCACCGUUGUUAUCGGUGUGUUCUUUGCCAAAGAUGACAUUGGUAUUAGUGGUGUCAUUGGUUCAGCCGUUUUCAAUAUCAUGUUUGUCAUUUCCGUUUGUGCUUUAUGUUCCGGUACGGUAUGUCAACUCAACUGGUGGCCUUUGGUGCGAGAUUGCUUUUUUUAUUGCAUUUCCAUUUUGGUCAUGUUGAUUAUCAUUUUCAAUGAUGUCAUUUCUUGUUUUGAAUCUGUUGUCAUGCUGCUGUUUUAUGUAGUCUACUGUGUCGCUUUAUGCUUUAAUACUGAACUCGAACGCUGGGCUUUGUCUUUGAAUCUUCCCUUCAAACUUCCAACUAAAGAGGAACAAUCAUCUCUAGUGACCUAUAAAAAUGUACAAGAUAACAAUUACACACAAGGCACUCAACAGCAGACUAAUUUGUCACAAGAGCCUAACGCCGCAUCCUCGUCAGAAAACCAGCAGCAACAAGAAUAUCAAAAUUAUACAGAUCCCAACUCCAGUUGGGAUCCCAAUGCAGCUUGGGGUGAAACCUCCGAUCCUGUGGGCGUCAGUGCUAGAUCCUCCGUUCAACCGGCCGCUGUAGACGAUUGGGGCAUGAGUCAAUAUACUGCAGGUCAAGGACAAGAGAACAUUGGCUACAAUCCCGAUCAACCCGAAUCGGUGGUAACACAAUCGCCUACCGGCGACAAUGCACAAAAACCUGUUGUUGGUAAACCACAACCAGCCGGUGUGGAAUAUUACAAGUCCAGUGAUAAAUCGAAAGAAGCCCGACCCAAUCCUCUGGAACGUCCAACAACGGGAGGUUUACCAGCACUGAUCUCCUGGUAUGUUGUCUAUCCCAUACAUUUUCUCUGUCAGAAAACCAUGCCAGACUGCCGCACCGAAAAAUAUCGCAAUUGGUAUCCCUUUACAUUUUUAAUCUCCAUGAUCUGGAUCUCUUUCUAUUCGUACUUCAUGGUUUGGAUGAUCACUGUCAUUGGCUCAACAUUGGCCAUACCAGACACGGUAAUGGGCUUGACCUUUGUUGCUGCUGGUGUUUCCGUUCCCGAUGCCCUAAGCUCAAUAGCCGUUAUCAAAGAGGGUUUUGGCGAUAUGGCCGUUUCAAAUGCAAUCGGCUCGAAUGUCUUUGAUAUCCUAGUGUGCUUAGGUCUUCCGUGGUUCAUACAAACAGCUAUCAUUAAGCCAGGCUCUCAUGUCAAUGUCAUUUCGAAAGGUUUGGCUUACUCAACACUGUCACUAUUCUCAACGGUCAUAUUUUUAAUAUUGUCCACCCAUUUGAAUGGUUGGAAAUUAGAUAAACGUCUGGGCAUCAUACUGAUGGUGUGGUAUUUGCUUUUCAUAACAUUAGCCUCAUUGUAUGAACUUAAUGUAUUUGGUUAUAUGAAUCCACCAGAGUGUCCAAGUGAAUAUUAAAUUGGAAACUCUUGCAAUAGCAACAACAUAACAAAAUGUAUACCAGAGCAUCCCACAAGUAUUUCAAUUAUUUAAAAAAAAAAUUGAAGAAACUAUUUAAAAAUGGAAAAAAAGAACUCAUAAUGCAAAUGAAAUAAGUAGGAACAAUUUGGAAGCUGUGUUUUAAAAUUGCUUAAGGAAAUUAUUAGAUUUUAUUUAAAAAGAAAGAAAUUAAUAAAUUUAUUUGUGAAACAAUUAACAAUUAAGUUUUGAAAGACAACAGCACAUAAAGCUAUUAUUUGUUUAAUUUCAAAAAUCACUAAAGAAAACAUAAAACGUAUUACAGAAGUUAA